UCCAGAGCCAGAUUGAAGCUGGGCGGAACAGGUAUUGUGUCCGCGGCGGGUCUCGGGCAUGCAAAAUCCGUCCCGACACCGUUGACAUCCCUCCUCUCAUUUUCCUUCUCCUAUAUAUUCUUUGCCUUUGCAGUCUGUCUCUGUUCGUCUGCUCUGCACUUGAAGCUUAAUUUACCCUACCCUACCUGCUACUCUACUCUGUUCUUCAAUCCGUAAACUAUUCGCACCGUUAUCAUUUACCAUUCACCAAUGGCUAUAGAGUUUCACAACUCUAUUAUGGUUCUGUGAAUGUGAUCCCAACGUGUGUAUGUAAAUGUAACGACCUCGUUUCUUCUCCAGCAACAAGAAGAAAUAAUAAUGCUCGAGAGCUUCGAAAGCUUCGCUGCAAAGUCCAACUUAUUCACAGAGAACCCUAAAAUCCCCGACACUACAAGUGCAAACGCCACGACCACGCCGCGAAGCAAAUCUCAAGCCGCGUGCCGGCGGAUCGCCCCCGACGGAGGCAAUUGCGCGGUCGAGAUCGAGAAACACCUCCCCAACGGAGAUCUGUACAUCGGAACGUGCUGCGACAAUGCUCCCCAUGGAUCGGGUAAGUAUUUAUGGAAAGACGGUUGUAUGUAUGAAGGGGAAUGGAGGAAGGGGAAGGCCAGCGGGAAGGGGAAGUUCUCGUGGCCGUCGGGCGCAACUUUCGAAGGCGAGUUCAAGUCGGGUCGGAUGGACGGGUCGGGCACUUUCGUCGGGUCGGGCGGGGAUUCGUACGUCGGCGGGUGGGCUGGGGAUAAGAAGCACGGCUAUGGCGCCAAGCAUUACAGCAACGGGGACUGCUACGAGGGGCAGUGGAGGAGGAAUUUGCAGGACGGGAAAGGACGGUAUCUUUGGCGGAACGGGAACGAGUAUGUCGGCGAGUGGAGGAACGGUUCGAUUCAUGGAAAAGGCGUUUUCGUUUGGAGAAAUGGAAAUCGGUACGAAGGGAAUUGGGAGAAUGGUGCUCCUAAGGCACCUGGAGUUUUUACCUGGCCCGAUAAUGGCGGAUUGAGCUCCGAUAGUGAGGAUUUGAAGGGAGGAUUCAACCAGAAGUUGUCUGCGCCACUGAUGGUGGUGACUUCCGGCGAGGGGAUGAGGAAGAAGAAGAAGAAGCAGCCACUGCCGGCAAUGAAGAUUCCGGCUAUUGAUAAUGACAGAGCAGUUCCGAGAAUUUGCAUUGGGGAAUCGGAUGGGGAUAUAACUUGUGAUAUAAAUGAUAAUGUGGCGGACGGCAAUGACGACAGCGAUCGGGCUCGUAGGAGUCCCUGUCUUGUCGACGACAACGACGGGGAAGUGAAGAGGCCGGGGAAGACGAUAUUGAAAGGGCACAAGAGUUAUGAGCUUAUGCUUAAUCUCCAGUUAGGGAUUAGGUAUUCGGUGGGGAGGCAUUCUUCGCUGCUACGUCGUCUAAAGGCUGGCGAUUUUGAUCCUAAGGAAAAGUUUUGGACAAGGUUUCCUCCGGAGGGGUCGAAGGUUACACCCCCUCAUCAAUGCAUGGAGUUUCGAUGGAAAGACUAUUGUCCUGUGGUGUUCCGACAUUUAAGGGAGCUGUUCCGAGUCGAUCCGGCAGAUUACAUGUUAGCCAUUUGCGGGAGUGACGCCCUGCGAGAGCUUUCAUCUCCCGGGAAGAGUGGAAGCUUCUUCUACAUGACGCAGGACGAUAGGUUCAUGAUCAAGACUUUGAAGAAAUCUGAAGUCAAGGCUUUGAUUAAGAUGCUUCCAAGUUAUUACCAGCAUGUUCGCCGCUAUGAAAAUUCUCUUGUAACAAAGUUCUACGGCGUCCACUGUGUGAAAUCGGGUGGUUUGAAGACGCGGCUGAUUGUGAUGGGGAAUAUGCUGUGCUCUCCAUUGCGGAUCCACAGACGGUUUGAUUUGAAAGGAUCAUCGCACGGGCGUGUAACCGACAAGCCUGAGGAAGAGAUCGAUGAAACCACAACGCUCAAGGACCUCGACCUCAACUUUGUGUUUCGGCUACAGACCAAGUGGUAUCAACAACUUAUGAGACAGAUUGAUCUGGACUGUGGGUUCUUGGAGUCCAUGGGAAUUAUGGAUUACAGCCUUUUAGUAGGUGUUCAUUUUGUAGACAACAAGGGCGGCGAGAAUGGCGCGGUGAGGCUGGGAGCGAAUGUGCCGGGCCGGGCGGUGGAGGACCAGGACCGGAGGAAGAAGAAGAAGAGUAGUGAGAAUGGUGAAAUGCUGCUGCAUAGAGUGGGAUUAUACUUUGGGAUAAUAGACAUUCUGCAGGACUACGACAUAAGCAAGAAGCUUGAGCAUGCCUACAAAUCCUUGCAGCUCGACCCUAUCUCUAUUUCAGCAGUUGAUCCAAAGCUCUAUUCCAGAAGAUUUCAAGAUUUUGUUAGGAGAAUAUUCCUAGAGGAUGAUAAUGAUCAUGGUGAGUUGAGGUGACGACUUCACUUAAAAGAUAGAUAAGACAAACAGAAAAACAUACUACAAAAGACCACGUAGCCUAUUUAUGUAUGUGUGUGUCUAUCCUAAUUGUACAGCAGAGCAGAUAUUGUUGCCAUAUGGACAUGGAAAUGAAAUACUUUUUGGUCAAAGGUUAUUAACUUAUCAUUGUUGAGGGGAGCAAGUGGUAGGCCUGACACGUUUCUUGUUAGCUGUGUGUUUGGUGGUUGAUGAAGUAAAAAGAUAUCUAAUCCCAU